GCUGUAAUGUUCAAGAAAAUAAAUGCCGUUUUCCGACCGAACCAUGGACAAAGGUCUCGGGAUGGCUUUGGCCCACAGGUAGAUUACCAUAAAGCGUGCACUGUCAAGCUAGUUCGCAGUACAUCGAUGCUCGUGGUCGGGGAUAACCGUCGCAUGCAACAGGACUCCACACUGAAGCGGAGUGUCAGCGCGGUCAGUGUGGAGUCCAGCACAGCGUUCUAUUACUACCAAAGUCGAGAGGAUCGGGUGUGGAUCUACUACCAAAAUCAGAACUGUUUGGAAUAUCUACAAGAACUAGUCGCGCUCAGGCGACAGUACACCAAGACCGUCAGCGAUCUCAAAUACGGGCAACGCCGCGAAACCGCCUCUCGCAAGAAAAACCCCGCUCCACAGCCACCACAGCACAAAACUAUCGAGCAUUUAAGUCCAGAACCGACAGCACCACCAAUCCCUAGUGAAGAGGACACACUGCAAUUCUUUGACGCCGUCAUUGCAAGCUGCGACCUAGAGCGCACCAGAAAACCACAUGUAGAUAAUGGCCACGUGGACGUAGAUUUUGUUGUGGCAACCAGUACAUGUGAGCAUGACCUCCACUCUAACUGGAUGUUGCGGGACCCUCGGCGUGUCUCCAUGGACGAGUCUCAGUUGAAGCAGGCAGAUGUGAGCAUGGAGCAAGCAGUGUGGAAGAAGGCAGCUGGCAGAACCAUGGGCAGCACAAGACGCCUGCAGAGGAACCCCAUCCACCUACCCAAAGUGGUGGAGAGUGCCCUGCAGACCCUGCGCUUCAAACCCAUUCUUAAGAAGAAAGUGUAGCAUAUGCCCUUAGCUGCCCAUUCCUUUUUCAGCAACCUAACAUAUUAUUUUAAGGAUCCAUCUGAUUCUGCAGAACAUAAGAUUAGUUAUGGAUAAAACAUUUGAUAGUAGGAUACCCUGUAGGGACACAAGCUCUUCAAUGGCAUAUCAAAAGGCGAAUCAUAAGCUCUUCAAUGGCAUAUCAAAAGGCGAAUCAUAAGCUCUUCAAUGGCAUAUCAAAAGGCGAAUCAUAAGCUCUUCAAUGGCAUAUCAAAAGGCGAAUCAUAAGCUCUUCAAUGGCAUAUCAAAAGGCGAAU